AACGUAAACCGGCGCGAGUUGGCGACGACGGUGAGAGUGGCGCGAUGCCAUACGGAUGCCUUAUCCGAAUGCGUCCGCCAUCCAUGGCAUCCGCCUUGGCUGGGCUUCGUCUGGCUGAGGGCGGGCAACGAUCAAGGCAGGGCCAGGGGACGAGGCAGUGCGACUGGGAACUAGUACUGGGAAGGGCCGAGACGAGGGACGAGGAUUCCAAGCACAGCAGCUAUGGCGUCCGCGAUCGCUGCAUCCGUUGCUGCCAGCUCUGUCGCACCGCUUCAGAGCGCCUGCGUUUCUCAGGGAAACGCAUUGAGCGUGAAGGGCACUUCUAUUUCGUCCGCAUUUGUGACCGGCCAGAAGCUGCAGAAAUGUUUGUCUGCCGCUCCUCUGAGGAAGAGAACGGCUGUGGUUAAGGCUCAGGCCCAGGCCCAAGCCGAGGUCGAGAUUGAAGAUGUCACAGAGAGGUUCCGCCUCGGAAACCUAUCGCCUCAACCAGGCUCAAGAAAGAGGAACAAAAGAAAGGGUAGAGGUAUUGCUGCCGGUCAAGGUGCCAGUUGUGGUUUUGGUAUGCGUGGGCAAAAAUCCAGGUCAGGUUCAGGUGUUCGCCCUGGAUUUGAAGGAGGUCAAAUGCCCCUUUACAGAAGACUCCCUAAGCUCAAGGGUAUCGCUGGAGGAAUGGGCGCCGGACUACCCAAGUUCGUGACCGUGAAUCUGUGCGACAUUGCCGAAGCUGGUUUCGAAGAAGGAGAGGAAGUUACUCUAGAGAACCUCGUGGAGCGACGUGUCAUCAAUCCUUCCGGAAGGGACUCGAGACUUAGACUGAAGGUCCUUGCCGAUGGAGAGCUAGACACCAAGCUGACCAUCAAGGCAGGCUCAUUCUCUGCAGCCGCGAGGGAGAAAUUGGAGGCCGCUGGAUGCACGCUGGUCGAUGUACCCGGACGAAAGAAAUGGUUAUCGGAGAGCUACAUGAAGAACCAAGCGCGUGCUGAUGAGUACUUCGCCAAGAAAAGGGCUGGAGCAGAGGAAAGCUCAUAGACAGGAAUCUUAGCCCAAGCUGAGUUUUAUAAGACUAUCCAUUGACGUCGAAAUGACAAGCAGCUUUCGAGCCAAGUUGUAUUUGUGUACAGGCAGCUCAAAUGCCACAAGUAUUUAGCACAGGGAUCUGGGCCCCCGCUGAAGAAUUUUUCCUACUUCUAACCUCUGACGGACCGAGGCCGUGUCUUCUGGGAGAGCCUGAGCACCAUAUUCAGUGUAGGACAAUUAGUGAAGUGAUCCGAGGGAGGUUGCAGCUGCGGAUGAAAGAAAGUAGUGCACAUCACUGUUAUUAAGCAUUCAUUUUAUGUGACCAAAAGUCCGCAAGGACCUAUGGAUGCCAUGACCCCC